AUGGAAUGUUUGGCCAACGAAUUAUUGAAUUUCAAACUAAUUGCACCAAUAGUAUGUGUAAUAUCGAAAAAAAAAACAUUAGAAUGUAUUAAUCCUAAUUAUUACUUAACAUAUGUCUUCUCCAGUCGAAUCUGGAACGAUUCGAUGCAGAAAACCAUAGUAUCUGUGAAAAGUUAUGAAAUUAUUUUAUUAGAAAGUCAAAUUUGGGAUCUUACCAGAUAUGGUAGUGAUAGCCGUAAACUAUAUUUACAAAAUAUGGAUAAAUGCUUUUCAAAAUUGAAAUUAAUGAACAAGAUUAUACUUUGGAUUACAACACCACCUGUAAACGAUAUCAAACAUCCAAUUUUGAAUAAUCUUCUUUUAAUGGCAAAUUCAUUGAUAAUAACCAAAGCACGAGAAUAUGGUUUUCAUGUUAUAGAUUUAAAUGAAUACUUCAAAAAUUACUUACAUCUGUGUGGCACUGAUGGUAUACAUUGAAGUUCGAAAGGGCAUCGACUGAUCACGCAUUAUGUGAUGAAAUGUUUUUCACAAG